AUGGCGGCAGCGUUGAGUAGAGGUCGAGUUAGCCGACACUGGUGUAUCUUUCAUCUUUGGAAAUCUACAAUACGACGUAAAACUACAUCACAGUCAUAUUAUGUGCUCCUUCCAGAGAUUCCAUCUGAUACAGCAGAAACAAAUCCUGUUAUGAGAAUAGACCAGCUGCCACAGUUCUCUCAGAUUACCCCCAACAGAUGCAUCGCAGCAUGUGCCAAGCUGGCCAUUGAAUAUCAAACCAAAUUAGAGAAUCAUGUGGAGUCACUGAAAGAUGGAAAGAAGGCGAUCAGCUUUGAAAGUGUAUACAAUCCCUUGGAAGAAGUUUCUGUCCCUCUUAACACUGCCUGGGCAACAGUGAAAAAUCUUCAUUAUGUUUCUCCAACAGAUCGUUAUCAUAAAGCAUUUGCUCGGAUUCAUCAACAAGUGGACAGAGCAAAGAAUGAGAAAUGGGUUAAUGAGCCAUUGUACACCUCUUUCAAGCAAUUAAAUGCCAAUGCCAAUCUCAGCGAGUACCAGAAGCGAUUGGUGGAUUUAUACCUGCUGGAAGGGAAGUUGAAUGGCAUGGAGCUGCCCGCUGCAGAACGGGGACGUUUGGCUGAAUUUGCUCGGUUAAUCAGAGAAGGGAGCAGAAGCUUUCGGAACAAAGUACAUAUCACACAGGAGAUGUUUUCCCAUGAUGUCACCGAUUUCAGCUGUCUCCAGGAGAUGCCAUGGCCAAUUUUAGCUCAGAUGUCUAAAGAUAGGGAUGACCCCACUCGGGGUCCAUGGCGAGCCACACUGCAGCCUGCAAACUACCAGUCCAUGAUGACCUACUGCAGUGACAGGAUGACCCGCUGGAAUAUUUGGUUUGCUUAUCACAACCGAGCCUCGCAUGUACACACCUCUAGGCUGAUGAAUAACAACAAGCUUAUUGACGACCUCAGAGCUUACAGAUAUUCGGUGGCUCAGAUGUUAGGGUACACAAAUUAUGUUGAACUGUCUAUGGAAACCAAAAUGGCCAACUCAGUAGAAAAUGUACUGAGCAUGAUUGAAACAUUGAAAGGCAGGUUUGCACCAGUUUUGUGGGAGGAGAUGGCACAGUUACAGAAGUUUGCAAAAUCAGAGGGUUUCAGGCAUGAGAUAGAGAUGUGGGACAUUAGCUACUGGCAGAGGCGUCAUAGGGAUCAUCUAUAUGGAAAUGACAAGGACAAAGUAUCGGAGUACUUCCCAGUUAAUACUGUACUGUUGGGACUGUUCGACCUUUGCACCAAGCUUUUUGGUGUUAAUUUUGAGGAAAUCACCCCAGAAGUUGAUGUGUGGCAUUCGGAUGUCAGAGUAUUCAAUAUCAUGGAUUCAGACGGACGACAUUUAAGCUCUUUUUACUUUGAUCCUUUUGCUCGACCAGAAAAGAACACAUCGGUAUACAUGGAUAUGGGAAGAGAUCGCAGCGAUUUACUUGGUACCUGGCCAUAUUCAUACAUGUCACUAAAUAUUCCCCGCCCUCCAUCAGCAUCAGACCCAGCUCUCAUGAGGUUUGAGGAUGUUCAGAAUCUGUUUCAAGAGUUUGGCAAUGGACUGCAGCAGUUGCUGACCACAGUUCCCUAUAGUGAGAUUGCAGGCCAGAAGAACAUUGAAUGGGAUGCCGUGAGGGUGUGCUCCAAGUUCCUGCGGCAGUGGCUAACAGAACCCCAGGUGAUCAAGUCUGUGAGCGGCCACUACCAGACUGGUCAGGUUAUACCUGAUGACUUGCUGGCUAGAAUUUUGGGAGCAAACAAUUACUCAUACAACCUUGACAUGAUGUACCAGCUGUUAGUGUCUGCAUUUGAUAUGGAAAUAUACAUGACGAAGACCCACUGGAAGACUAUCAUGAGCCAGUUGUGGGAGACCUUUAUACCGAUUCCAUUCAAUGAAAAGGAUUGUCUCCCUUGUUCCAUGGUUUCCAUCUUCUGUGAGCUGUACCCUGCAGCUUAUUAUUCCCAUAAAUGGUCUGAGAUGGUUGCUGCUGACCUGUUUGCUGCCUUCAAAGAAGUUGGUCUUGACAAUGAAAAGGAUGUAAAAGAGCUUGGAAGAAG